AUGGCGGGAAUUACACCUUCUCCAGAUGUUAGUCCCGUGUCAGCGGCGACCACUAAUGGAGGCUUCCCUCGGGACGCCUUCUGCCUCAAUCUCUCCGCUUUGCCCGACGCAAACAGCUUUAUCCUCAAAUCUGCCCUGACGUCUCCUCAUCUGCUCGACUCUCCGAAUGGGUUUUUUUCAGGAAGCGGUGGUCUGAGUAAUCCAUUCAGAAAACGGCCCCGCAACAUGUCUCAAUCAUCUGGUACAGACAGGGAAAUGUCGAAUGACAAUACUCCACCAGCUCAAACAAAUGGAAUCGCGCCUACCAGCAAUGGUACCAACGGCACGAGCACAGAACCACGAUCAAGCACAAAGAAGCGCCCAAGUACCGACACAAUAGACUACCCAAGACGACGUGCGACCAUUGCGUGUGAAAUAUGUCGGUCACGGAAAAGUCGAUGCGAUGGAACAAGGCCAAAGUGCAGACUUUGUACAGAAUUGAAUGCAGAGUGCAUAUACCGAGAGCCAGGCAUCAAGCUAGACGCAGGCGACAAGCUGAUCUUGGAACACCUGAGUCGUAUUGAGGGCCUACUUCAAUCUGGCCUUACCAGUAACUUCUCACUAUCGUCACAUUCGCCAGCCGCGAGUAAUUCGACCAGCGAAGAUUUCCUCGCGCGUAGCACCGGCAAUAUACCCCAUCUCGGCAUGGUCCAGCCGAUCAACGGCAUAGGAACAUGGACCAACCAUCCUUCGAACAUUUCCACCAUGCCGAAAACCCACAAUACUGCAGCACUUAACCUUUUGUCAUCUCCAAUGAUCAGAGAGCUUGUGUCUCGCCAAUAUGAUGCCAAGCUUCUUCUCCAGCUGGAGAUGACCCGGGAGUCAGUAAGCCUUGGAACGAGCCGCGGGCUGGAUCUCUCAAACACUGGCGCCUAUGUGCAAGCGUACUUUGAGAGAGUAAACGUCUUCUACGCAGUCGUCAAUCCGUACACAUGGAGUAGCCACUACCAGAUCGCUCUUAGCCAUGGUUUUCGGGACGGCCCUGAAAGUUGCAUAGUUCUUCUAGUUCUUGCUCUAGGUCAUGCUGCAAGCACCGGCAGUAUUACACAGCAAAAUCCAGAAAAGGAUCCUCCAGGCUUGGCAUAUUUUACCGCAGCUUGGAGCCUGCUGCCGACUGUCAUGACAAGGAACAACAUGGUCGCCGCGCAAUGUCAAAUCCUCGCUGCAGCAUACUUGGUAUAUCUUGUACGCCCCGUCGAAGCAUGGAACGUACUAUCAGGUGCCAGCAUGAAGCUACAGCUCCUUUUGAGCGCGCCUGGUCGAGUGUCUCCAGCGGAGGAGGAAUUAGGCAGAAGGGUUUACUGGAAUGCUGUGAUGAUUGAAAGCGACUUGCUAGCAGAGCUGGAUCUCCCCCAUUCCGGUAUCGCACAAUUCGAAGAGGGCUUUUCAUUGCCAACGGGAUUCGAAGAUCUAGGAACAGAAGCAGUUGGUCGAGAUGAACUGUGGUACUUUCUUGCAGAGAUCGCUCUCCGAAGACUACUCAACCGCGUGAGCUCUAUGCUAUACAUCAGGACGACACCGUAUUCUAAAGGUCCAGCUGCGACAUCUAUCGCCCAAUUGGACCCACUAGUUGUGGAGCUAGAUUAUCAGCUGAAUCAAUGGUAUGCUGGACUACCACCAGCCAUGCAAUUCCCACUCGAUAGGGUGCCUUUGCAGAAUCCGGUUCAAACGGUCCUAAGACUGCGUUAUUUCGCAUGCCGUACUAUCAUCUUCCGACCUUAUGUGCUUUUGGUUCUACAGGACGAAACUCUGGCGAUGGAUUCGAGCGUGCAGGACAAUUGCCACAAAUGCCUCGAGGCAUGCGUCCGCCAACUCGAGUACAUCACUGCGCACCACGCUGGACAUCUACCCUAUUUGUUCCAGGGUGCUCUCUCCAUCAUCUCCCAGACAUUGCUCAUCAUGGGUGCGACCAUGACUCCCUCGCUAUCUCAGCUACUGCCUCCGCCAGCGACUAUGGACGACAUCAUAAACAAUGUUGUCCUAGAAAUGGAGCGAUACGCUCACCUCGCUCCCAGCCUCCAACUAUCCGCUGAGAUCAUUCGCGAAGCCGAAGGGAAGCGCCAAAUGUGGCUACGAACAGCAGGACUCAAAUUCGAUGUUUGA